UCCAUUAGCAGGAAGCUUGACGUCACGUUUGUUUUGGGAGAACGACGGAGACGACAGGAAAAUGGAGCAAAGCGCUGAGGAUUAUAAGCUGAUAUUUGAGAAGGAGGGGGUAUACCUCCACACAAAUGCCAAGAGGAAUAACCAGGACACUAGCAUCCCAGGGUUCAUCCGCAUUGUGGAGCGGGCUGGGCUGCCAGCUCUAGAGUGGAGUCCACUGGAGGAUGACGGUCGCAACGCUCCUGCUGUACUCUACAGCAGAAAGGAUGGUGAUGGAGGGGAAGAGGAUACAAACUUUGACCCGGGGUACGAGCCAGACUGGGCAGUUAUAAGCACCGUGAAGAAAGAACGAGAACACGUCCCAGUCAAAAAUUCAGGUCAGUGGGCGUUCUCGCUGCCUCUCUCUGAGCUGUACUCUCUUCGGAGGUCUCGGUUCUCCUUGGGUCGAAACUUUCUCGUGCUGACUAGUAGAGGUGGCCACCCACUGCCUCCUUUGCACUUCCACAGAGGAGGAACCCGGGAACUGCUGAGGGCACUUCAGCGCUACAUUAUUCUGGACCCGUCACCACUUGACGGGCGGCUCUUCCUUGCCUACCCCCAGGACUCAGGCACGCUCCCUCAGUCCUUUGAUAGGCUGCAGUUUCUUGAUGAUGGAGGCAAUGAUCUUGUCUCAAGAUUUAUCCAUGACCCGUAUGCCACUACAUUUGGUGGAUUCUCCAAAGUCACAAAUUUCUUCAGGGCAGCACUUCGGCCUCCAGAGUCCCCCAUCCACACACGUACUCCUCAGGAUCCCAGUUUGCCUCCACAGUCUGAUGAAGAGCCCGGAUUCGAACUCAUCACCUGCGGUGUGGAACUUGGUCCCAAACCAGAUGUAACAAGGGGACAGCCUCUGGAUAAGUGGGAGGAGUUUUUGGACUCUGAGGGGCGAGUGACUUGCAAAGAAAAAAUCAAAGAACUUGUGUUCAGAGGGGGCAUCACACACUCACUGAGGAAGGAGAUAUGGAAAUUCCUGCUGGGGUUUUAUCCGUGGAACAGCACUGCCAAGGAAAGAGAGGACAUUCUUCGGGUCAAAACGGAUGAGUACUUCAGGAUGAAGGUGCAGUGGAAGUCUGUCAGUGAAGAGCAGGAGAUGAGAAACUCCCUCCUCAGAGGAUACAGAAGCCUGAUAGAGAGAGACGUCAACAGGACAGACAGACACAACACUUUCUUCUCUGGGAAUGACAAUCCGGGACUGACCCUGCUUCACGACGUGCUGAUGACUUACUGCAUGUACAACUUUGAUCUGGGUUAUGUGCAGGGGAUGAGUGAUCUUCUUUCUCCUAUCCUGUUCGUCACCCAGAAUGAGGUGGAGUCAUUCUGGUGUCUGACAGGAUUCAUGGAGCUGGUGCACCAGAACUUUGAAGAGUCUCAGGAGGCCAUGAAGCAGCAGCUUCUUCAGCUCAGUAUCCUGCUGAAGGCGCUGGACCCAGAGCUCUGUGACUUCCUGGACUCUCAGGACAGCGGCUCGCUUUGCUUCUGUUUCCGCUGGCUGCUCAUCUGGUUCAAGAGAGAGUUUUCCUUUGAGGAUAUCCUCACACUGUGGGAGGUCCUCUGGACUCGUCUUCCAUGUGAAAACUUCCACCUGCUGAUCGCCUGUUCGAUCCUCGAGUCCCAGCGAGAAGAGCUGAUAGGCUCAAACCAUGACUUCAACACUAUUCUGAAGCACAUUAACGAGUUGACAAUGAAGUUGGACCUGCAGAGCGUUCUGCGUGGAGCCGAGGCCAUCUACCUACAGCUGUUUCUGUGCAAGGAGCUUCCUGUUAUGGUGAAGCAGGUCCUGGGCCUCUACGUCCCACCCAGCUCAGAGGAAGAGAGCCCAGACUCACAGGCCAGCGAGACACAGCGCCUCCUCAGCCAAUCACAGGAAGGAGCUGCAGCUUCUAAUUCAGCAUGUGGCCCCAGCUGCCCUUAAAUCUGAUUAUCAGCUGGUGGACUGACACUCGCUAAGAGAUGUGUAAAAGACAUUUAUAUAUGAAAUAUGUACUAAAUAUUAUACCAUGGUACGGAGUGAAGACUGUUGUUACUGAUGGUCAGAGGCAGGGGGCACUGUGGAGUCUCUUUUCUCUCACUGUGUGUUCAUGAAAGUUACAAUCCAACGUGUUUAAACACUAUAGUCGUACUUGCAGUGCUGUUUUUGUGUGUAUGCUGUCCUCUGUUUCCUUGUCACUUCUUUACAUCUCCUGUUUUCGUGACACUUUUGCUUCUGCUUUUACUUAUUAUUUAACUAUAUUAAUUCGUUUAUCACUUGAUUACUUUUCAGUUUAUUUUGUGUUUUCUUACGGUCCUCUCACCACUCCUCCUGUAAAGGGAAAUAGACGAAGGAUAAACUCAUUGGCAGCAUUUUGCUAGUACUGUAAGAUGCCAUUCCAGCCCUAUGCAAAGGUUGUGCAUGCCUUAUAGGUUCCACAUGCCGCUUUGGUAAUAUUAAGCCUUGUAACUAUAUGUAUGAUGUUCUAGCAUUUUCAUCUUGUUAUUACCAAAUAAAUGGUUGAAUCAUA